AUGCAAAACGAAAGCCAAGAAGAAACAUCAGAAGUCACACAGAAGAGAAGUUUUAUAAACCCUGGUGCAAGAAUGCCUAACAUCAAAGUGUUCAGUGGAAGCUCCCAUCCCGACAUUGCUAAGAAAAUUGUUGAAAAACUAGGAAUCAGUCUUGGAAGGGCCGUAACGAAAACUUUUAUUAAUAAAGAAACUAAUGUAGAAAUCGGCGAGUCUGUCAGAGGUGAAGAUGUUUACAUCGUUCAAAGUGGAUGCGGAGAUAUUAACGACAACUUAAUGGAACUGUUCAUCAUGAUUAACGCAUGCAAAAUUGCAGCAGCAUCUCGUGUAACGGCUGUCGUACCUUGUUUCCCAUACUCCAGACAAGACAAGAAAGAUAAAAGUCGCGCGCCGAUCACAGCAAAGCUACUAGCCAAUCUGAUGUCAGUCGCCGGUGCUGACCACGUUAUUACAAUCGAUUUGCACUCCUCCCAAAUUCAAGGAUUCUUUAAUAUUCCCGUAGACAACCUCUAUGCUGAACCAGCAAUCACAAAAUGGAUAAAAGAGAAUAUUCCGGAAUGGAAGAGUGCCGUCAUGGUUUCCCCUGAUGCUGGAGGCGCAAAGAGAAUGACGGCGAUAGCCGAUAGACUUGAUAUCGACUUUGCUAUCAUACACAAAGAAAGACAGAGAGCAAAUGAGGGUGAUUCAACUGUACUUGUUGGUGAUGUGAGAAAUAGAAUUGCCGUUAUGGUGGAUGAUCUUGCCGAUACUUGUGAUACUAUAGUCAAAGGAGCGGCGAAGUUACAUGAAUCUGGUGCUAGUAAAGUAUAUGCAAUUCUCACUCACGGUGUCCUUGCCGGUAACGCUAUUGAGAAAAUUAACAACUCACAUCUAGAAGCGAUAGUCGUUACAAAUACAAUACCCCAAGAGCAGCACAUGAAAUUGUGUCCGAAACUACAAACCAUUGACAUUUCAGUGAUGUUGGCCGAAGCUAUAAGGCGUACUCAUUAUGCUGAAUCUGUUUCGUAUUUAUUUACUAAUGUGCCUUAUUGA